AUGGAAACGUUGAAGGCCCGUUUGCAGGAAAGCUGUGAUAAAGCACCAAGUGCGGACGGCGAGUUAGAGGAUGGUUGGAAUGAAAUCCCGCGAGUGAGGAGCGCAGCUGGCGGAAGAGGCAUUGUGCCAAUCCCGAGAGUCACAAGCAAGCAGAAGAGCACGGCUAGAUCUGCAGUUUCGUUGGACGAUGAAAGGGAGAAAGCUCCCGCCGUGAAGGAUGCUCAAACGGAGGAAGAUGCGAGACCGGAGUUGCCACGGACGAGUGGUGAUCCUAUCUCACUUAAGAGACGUGAACCAAAUCGCGCUUUGCCUGCGUUGAACAACCCCACAGAGGACGGCUUCCAGCGAAGAAUGGGUGAAAACGAAGAUGGUUGGCAUCAAGCGGUAACUGGAGCAUCAGGAGGACUCACUUCAGAUCCAGGCGUGAGAAACCAGGGUUCACAGGCAGCCCCGAGCAUGAAUCCGACGGUUCCGGGCAUGUUUUUGUUUCCGACACCCGAAGGAAUGGCCCAAGCCCACCCAGUCCCACCACUUGGAAUGGUUCCCCCUCCUCCGCCCCCAAACAUGUUUAUGCCUGUGAUGCAUCAAAACGCGUUCUUCCCUGGCGCUCCUAUUCCACCAAACCUUUUCGGAAUCCCUCCGCCUGAGCAUCCCCAAGCACAAUGGCAGCGAGAAGCUGUAAAGGCUGCAUGGCUAGACCAUCAGAUCCAACACAAGCAACAAUUUCAACAUCAAAAGAAGACCACAGUUGUGCACGCGGAAGAGAUGAAGGGCCGUUCUGCAAAACCCGCUCGUCAACAAGUCGAACACAUAGAAAUCCUUCAAAGAGAAGAAGCACCCGUCGUGACGGUACAGGUCGAAGAGAUAGACAGCCCUCCUCCAGCGAUUACCGAUAAAGUCCCACCAGAGGCCCCGAAGGCAGAUACCACUACCAGAGAAGUAAGCUCUGAUGAGGGGGAGGACGGGGAGGAUCAUGUAUCUACUCUCCAUGUAUUAUCACAAAGGUUAAGGAAAUGGACAAACCCUGUCUUUGCUUGGGACCGGAAAGACGCAAGGGGACAUUGGGUUUGUACAGGCACGGUCAAAGUGCUGUUCAAAGAAGGUGAGGAGUUUUUGAAAAAGACCGUCAAUGCUAAAAGCAGGAAAAGGGCGAAGCAAAAAGUGAGUAAGCAACUUAUAGCAGCUUUGAAGGAGAUGAUUGCUGCGUCGAGGAAAGCAGAGAGCUCUGGAGAUGCAGGCUCGCCUUCUGAGGAAAUAGAUAAAAUGACUGGUAUUUCAACUGCUGUGGGGGCUCUUACUCAGCUUUUUCACAGGCACAAGCUGGACACGCAACCCGAUACACGCUUUGAGGAGAUUGGGGGCGGGCUAUGGCGGUGUACCGUCAUCAUGGCAAUUUCUGGGGUUGGAAAAGUGAAGGUUUCAGAAGAGGGACCUCAGAAAAAGUUGGCCAAGAGCGUUGCCAGUCUUAAAGCACUUGAGCGCUUAAGAGAACUCAAAGUCAUUCGCCCUGAAGAGUUCUCUCAUUUGAAGCUUUGCCAAACGGGGAAAGAGGGUAGGGAAGCUGUCUCUGCGAAGGAAGCCAACAAAAUGAGAUCGGCGAGGGAAGACAUAGUGCAAAUCAGCGAUGACGAUGACGAUGACGAUGAUGAUGGGGAGAAAAAGGUCACUACGGAAGAAGAUGGUGAGGGGCGUUUCCUGCUGCCCAAACAUUACUUGAUAGUAGAGGCGACAAAGCCAGAACACUGUGAAGAAUGGCGAACGACCCAUGCUAAACCUGGCUCUGAGAUUGGUGUAUUUGUGGAUUCUUGCAGCGCGAGGAGAGAAUUCGACGGUCUCAAAACCAACCGUGUGUCUGCGGAUGGCGUCACAAAAGAUAUAGGUAGUAUUAGAGUUUUGUGUUUCUCAACCAAAACGAGCUGUCUCGUCGUGCGAAAGGAUAAGUGCACAGAUGAAAAAUCGAAAGACAAGGAUUGUGAAGAGGGCCUUUGGCUUCCAGAAGCUGUUUGCACAUUGCUGUGCGACCGGAAAAUUCAAAAACAUGGACAUAACGUAGAUGACGGAUUGGUGUGGCUUCGAGAGUACCAUGGCAUUCAAGCAUGGGGGAUGAACGAUGUAUCGAUUUUAUCGUCUGCGUCAAGGUCUUGGAGCCAUUGCAGCAAUACACGUGUUCUGCACGGAAUACAUGAGCUGAUGAAGUAUUGGCUCAAGAAGGAAUUAGUGAGCGUAUGCCUGAAAGACGUAUGGAGAAAAGGGAGCGCAAGUGACGAAGCGGUUGUCCCAGAGGGCGAUGACACAACUGGGAUGGCUGUUGUAUCGGCGUUCGCUUGCAUGUGCAUUCAAGAACAGAUCCGCGAUGAAGCCGUCCAUAAGAGAACGCGCCUGUACGGCGCGGCGGCCGAAUUCCGCGAACUGAGCAAGCGAUUGAUGCACGACCCGUUUGCAAAAUAA